GUGCGAACACUCCCCUGGCAGAGUUUUCAAAGUCCUUGCGCCAAAAGCGGGACGAGGAGGGCCAGCAGGAGCAUGUCGAGUUUUUCCCCAUGUACACCGUGCACCUUGAAGCGCUUCUCGAGAUGGCAGAGAUUUUGCCGCAUGAGGUGCUUUUGGCCGACGGGGUUCUGACGAUCGGAGUGGGACACCCUGACCCAACCCUCCAACAGCUGCGAGUUCUCCAAGAUGCCAUCUCGAACAGCCUGAACGGCCUCUGCCAUGCUUCCGUGGACGUGAUUACAGAGCUUCUCUUUGGCUUGCGCAGCUGGUCCUUAGCCGAGACUUUAAAAGCCAAUCCUGUCUUCGUAUGGUAUGACUAUUUCAGCUGCCCGCAGCAGAGAAAGAAAGCACCCGACCCGGAAGGGAGCCUCCAGCAUGCUAUCGACAGCAUCCCGGCCUAUGUGUCCAAAUGCAGCUUGUUUGUGGCCCUGUGCCCUGCUGUGGAAAGCGCUGAUCAGUCCCGGAUCUACAAUCGUUCUACAUGGUUGGAUCGUGGGUGGUGUAGGUUGGAGUGGACCAUGUGGAAUCUCAGCUCAGUAGGCGAGCCGGUGAUCUUUGUGAAGGGAGCACGGCACUUGGAGGUGAGCAAAAUCCCGCAGCUGUAUUCCGUGGGGGAAGCGGCUUUCAGUCUGGAGGAAGAUCGUCACAAAGUGUCGAAGGUCCUCCAAGUUGAGUUCAAGAAGAGCUUGGUAAAGUGCCUUGAGAGAGGGGAGCUGGCAAAGUAUCGCUUCCUCCUGGGUUGGCAGAAGCUGUGCCUCAGAGGGCUUCCAGCUGUGCCCACGGAGUCAGCAGAGGUGACCAUCCCAGACUAUGUGGCUCCAAGCGAUAGCAGUGCGAAGACGAUUCUGCUCUCUAGGUUCCUGCAUCAAAUCGGCUUCCGACAUCCCUUGGAACGUCGUUUGGGGUGGUCCCCCCUGUGCUACGCAGCAAUGCAUGGGGACCCAGUGCUGGUGUCAGCGCUGCUGGAGCAACGCGCAAGCCCUAACGACCGGAUCCACUGCAGCAGCCUGGACACCCUCUUGGCGAGCAAGGCUUCGGUGCUCGAGAUUGCUGCUCGAUGUCGCAACAAUGAGGUCUUGAAGCUGCUUCUUUCAGAACGUGCUGAUGUGAUGGGCCGCGAUUCCAUAGGAGUCACGCCGCUUCUCGCAGCUGCUUAUUCAAAGGAUGCCACUGCUGUACGAUUACUGUGCCAAGCGAGAGCCGACCCGAACGUGAAGAACAACUUUACGGACACCGCCUGGCACACGGCCUGCGAGGCAGGCUCUCUGCAGGUGCUUAUUGAGUUGCGUGCCCAAUCGGACGGCCAAACCCCUCUGAAUCUCGAGCGCUGCCUUCACACGUUGUCUCUCGGACCGGGCACGGCGGAGGCUGUUCACUGGCUGGUUGAUGCUCGAGCUGAUGUGAACGAGCGCAUGAAGCCCGAAACCUUCUUCAUCUCCUUUGUCUUCGCUGCCAAGAGCAUGGAGUACAGAUUCAGAGGCUCGAGGUCACAAAUCUGCUCAAUUGCAUAUCACCACUGCGGCGCCACGCCGCUGAUGUUUGCCAUCCUGGCUGGCAACUUCGAGGUCGCCGCGGCGCUGUCAGUCAGAGGAGCCGAUUCGCGCAUCAAGAACGUCAGGGGGAAGUCGGCCGAGGAUCUCGCAGCCGAAAUGUCCGCCCCAAGUUACCUCAUGGAGCUUCUCGAGCGCUUUGAUGUUUGCCGCUUUACCUCGGGCAGUCGCAUCAUCGGCGCAAAGCAGACAUCCAUUGAGUCCUUAGGAUCCGAGGACUACUUCGAGAUUUGA